UACUUGGCUAGGGUUUCGUGUUAUAAGUUAAAGAGGUUAGUCGCCACUUCUCCUCGUUUAGCUUCGCUCCACAGCUGCAAAUCGCACGACUUCAAGAUGCCGUCGCACAAGUCGUUUAUGAUCAAGAAGAAGCUGGGCAAGAAGAUGAGGCAAAACAGGCCUAUUCCUCACUGGAUUCGUCUUCGUACCGACAACACAAUCAGGUACAAUGCCAAGCGCAGGCACUGGCGUAGAACCAAGCUCGGAUUCUAAGUGCAAGCUUUUUCUAAAAGAUUGUUCUUUUCUGUUGGGUUUAGCUUUUCCCCAACUUUUCUGGAAUUAAGUUAUGAAAUUUUCACUUCUCUGUAAGACUUUAAUCUCUUAUGAUUGAUGUUACCAAAAAUUCUAUCUUAUCAUUGAUAUCCUCUGUGAUUUAAGUAUCUUGUC